CCAGCACUUCCCAGAACCCGGGACCGGGCAGGGUCUAGGCUAGCCUGCUACUUUAGCCUCCCCCACUGAUCAGAGCAGGUUCCAGAAUGGAACUGCGACCCUACCAGUGGGAGGUGAUUCUACCUGCUCUGGAGGGCAAGAAUAUCAUUAUAUGGCUGCCCACGGGUGCUGGCAAGACUCGGGCAGCUGCCUUUGUGGCCAAGAGGCAUCUAGAGACUGUAGACAGAGCCAAGGUGGUGGUGCUGGUCAACAGGGUGCACCUGGUAAGCCAGCAUGCUGAGGAAUUCAGGCACAUGCUGGAUAGACGCUGGACCAUAACAACCCUGAGCGGGGACAUGGGAUCCCGAGCUGCCUUUGGCCACCUGGCCCGGAGCCAUGACCUGCUUAUCUGCACGGCAGAGCUGUUGAAGCUGGCGCUGAGUAGCCCAGAGGAGGAGGAGCACGUGGAGCUCACAGAGUUUUCGCUGAUUGUGGUGGACGAGUGUCACCACACACACAAGAACACCAUCUACAACGUCAUCCUGAGCCGGUACCUAGAGCAUAAGCAACAGAUGACAUGGCCCCUUCCUCAGGUGCUGGGUCUCACAGCCUCCCCAGGCACUGGUGGGGCCAGAAAGCUCCAAGGAGCCAUUGACCACAUCCUGCAGCUCUGUGCCAACUUGGAUACGUGGCGCAUCAUGUCACCUGAGACCUACCGCUCCCAGCUGCAGAAGCACAACCCAAAGCCCUGCAAGCAGUACGAUGUCUGUGAAAAGCGCAUCCAGGACCCAUUUGGAGACUUUCUAAAGAAGCUUAUGAACCAAAUCCAUCAGCAACUUGAAAUGCCCGAGCUAAGCCAGCAAUUUGGGACACAGAUGUACGAGCAGCAAGUGGUGGAGCUGAGCAAGGCUGCCGCAGAGGCGGGGCUCCGGCAGCUGCGGGUAUAUGCGCUACACCUGCGGCGCUACAAUGACGCUCUGCUCAUCCAUGACACUGUACGUGCAUGCGACGCUCUGGACGUGCUGCAAGAUUUCUACAACAGGGAGCAGGCUACUAAAACGCAAGUGCUGUGUGCUGAGCGCUGGCUGUUGGAACUGUUCGAUGGCCAUCGGAAUAUGCUGAUCCACUUAGCAGCUCACAGCCCUGAAAACCCAAAGCUGGAGAUGUUGGAAGGGAUCUUGCUGAAGCAAUUUGGGGGUCCCAGGCAACCCCGGGGCAUCAUCUUCACCCAAACUCGCCAGAGUGCUCACUCCCUCCUGCUCUGGCUCCAACAGCAGCCUGGCCUACAGACUAUGAACAUAAAGGCCCAACUGCUGAUUGGGGCAGGGAGCACCAGCCGGAGCACCCACAUGACACAGAAAGACCAACAAGAAGUGAUCCAGGAGUUUCGGGCUGGCAUCCUGAACCUUCUGGUGGCCACAAGCGUGGCAGAGGAGGGGUUGGACAUCGCCCAGUGCAAUGUGGUGGUGCGCUAUGGGCUCCUGACCAAUGAAAUCUCCAUGGUGCAGGCUCAGGGCAGGGCUCGUACUGAUCAGAGUGUGUACUCCUUUGUGGCGACAGAGGGCAGUCGGGAGCUGCAUCGAGAGCUGACCAAUGAGGCUCUGGAGGCUCUGAUGGAACAGGCAGUGGCUAUGGUACAGAAGAUGGACCCCAAAGAGUACAAGGACAAGAUCCAGGACCUGCAGCGGGCAGCACUAGUUAAGCAAGCUGCACACACAGCCCAGCGGGAGAGUCAGCAGCAUCAGUUCUCAGCAGAGCAUGUUCAACUUCUCUGCAUCAACUGCAUGGUGGCUGUGGGCUAUGGAAGUGACUUGCGGAAGGUGGAGGGCACCCAUCACGUCAAUGUGAACCCCAAAUUCUCGAUUUACUAUUCCGUCUCCCAGAAGCCUGUGGUCAUCAAUAGGGUCUUCAAAGACUGGAAGCCUGGGGGAGCCAUUCGCUGCAGUAACUGUGGGGAGGAAUGGGGUCUACAAAUGAUCUACAAGUCAGUGACCCUGCCAGUGCUCAGAGCCCACAGCAUGCUACUGGAGACCCCUAACGGGCGGGUCCAGGCCAAAAAGUGGUCCAAGGUGCCCUUCCCAGUGCCUGACUUCAACAUCCUGCUGGACUGUACCCAGAGCCUGUCUGACCUCUCCCUGGACUGACCACUUGCAGCUGCAAGUACUUGUCUCAGGCUGCAGGGGGCAGGAGAGUCCCCCCAAGCCAUCACUGUAACCAUCAUUUUCUGAGUAGCACCUAGGUGCUGUGGUACCCUUUAUUCUGCCUGGGAUAUUCUCAUACUCAUUGAAUGGAGACAGGAAACUGAGGCAGGGCUGACCUGCUGUACUGUACUAGAGGUUAUGAUAACCUUCCCUUGCCCAGGCCACUUCUUUUUUUUUGAAGU